GCCCCCACUCUGCAGCCUCCCCCUGUUCCUGCUCGCCUGCGAGACUUUUGCGUCAUCGGUACCCUGGGCACAGGAACAUUCGGCCGCGUCCUCCUCGUACGCGAUCGCUUGCACGACCGGCUUUUCGCGCUCAAAUGCCUCAACAAGUCUCACCUCCUCCGUAUGCGCCAGGUAGAGCACGUCACCUCAGAGCGGGACAUCUUGCUCCAUACCAAACACCCGUUCAUCGUCGGUCUCCAUGCCACCUAUCAGGACUCACGCUGCAUCUACCUGCUCAUGGACUUUGUCGUGGGAGGGGAGGUGUUCACCUAUUUGCGACGCGCUAAGCGCUUCCCUUUGGAGGUGGCCAAGUUUUAUCUUGCGAGCAUCGUUCUCGUGCUGGCGCAUCUGCAUGGAUCAGACAUCGUUUACCGUGAUCUGAAGCCGGAGAACAUCUUAUUGGACCAGCAGGGCUAUGUGAAAGUCACCGAUUUCGGUUUCGCGAAGCAGCUUGGCGGCGGCAGCGACACCAAUACCACCAAGAAUGGUGCCCAUUCCUCACGCGACGGCAAUGCCAACCGCACUUUCACCCUCUGCGGUACACCCGACUUCCUUUCCCCGGAGUCUGUGCGUGGCACAGGCCAUGGCAAGGCAAGCGAUUGGUGGCAGCUGGGCGUCCUUGCGUUCGAGCUCCUCGUUGGGUACCCGCCUUUCUGCGGGACCACGCCGUACUCCACGUACGAAAAUAUCCUGGCUGCAAGCCCUGAGACGAUCCCUUUCCCCGAAUCGGGGCCGUUGGCCGGAGAAGGCGGGGCGUCAGCAAGAGACCUGAUCAGGUCGCUGCUGACGCCGGACUUGACGAAACGGCUCGGUAAUUUGGCUGGUGGAGCGCAGGACAUUAUGCGUCAUCCGUUCUUUAGGGGAGUGGACUGGGAUGCGCUACUCAGGCGAGAGGUGAGGGCGCCCAUCGUGCCU